AUGCCUUUACGGCUUCAAGCUAUUCGAGACACACCUGCAGGCCAGCUGCUACGAGCACUAGGCUUCCAGGCAUCGCUUCCCUACCCAGAUGAAGCUGCGGAUUUCGAAACCCCCAGAUUCGACACCAUUACCAGUGAUGCGGUGCCUGAGGCGGACUUAACUCUGGAGAAAGCGCCCUCCAAGACCUCCUCUAUUGCUGAUGACUUGCCACCAAACGAAGCAUCCCGCCGUCUCUCUGAGCACGGAGGAACGGACGCUGUCAUUGUUGCUUGGUACGAGGACGACCCCGAGAACCCCCGCAACUGGAGCAGUCUGAAAAAGAAAUGGACAAUGCUCAUCAUCGUCCUGUACACCUUUGUCGUGUAUAGCGGAGCUUCUAUCAUCGCGCCCACUGCGGAGGUCGUCAUGGCCAGAUACAGUGUUUCGCAGGAUGUGGCUAGCCUCGGAUUGUCAAUGUACAUUGCUGGAUACGGCAUCGGGCCAAUGUUCUUCUCUCCCGUCAGCGAGAUCCCCUUCGUCGGACGCAAUCCUCCCUACCUGUUCUCAUUCGUCCUCUUCUUCCUCGUCUCGAUUAUCCUGGCCGUGGUCGACAACUUCCCCGCCAUAGUGGUGCUCCGCUUCCUCCAAGGCCUCUUUGGAAGCCCCGCGCUGGCCAGCGGAGCGGCCUCCAUCGAAGACAUCUGCGACAUGUACGAUGCACCGUACGGCUACAUCUGGUGGGUGGCGGCGAUGUACUCGGGCCCCUCGUUCGGACCCGUCAUGAGCGCAUACGCCAUCAACGACAACUGGCGCUGGGGACUAUGGGAGAUGGUCAUCAUGGCGGGCAUCGUGCUGGUUCUCCUGCCGUUCCUCCCGGAGACCUGGGCGCCGACGAUCCUGCUCCGCCGAGCCAAACGCCUGCGCGCGAAGACCGGAAAGCCAUCCUACCUGGCCGCAUCCGAACUCAAGCCUCUCAACUUCGGCACCACCCUGCUGCAGGCACUUUACAAGCCCGUCGAGAUCUCCGUCAAGGACCCGGCCAUCAGCUACGCAUGCGUGUACUGCGCGAUCGUCUACGCCACCUACUACUCCUUCUUCGAAGCCUUCCCAAUCGUCUACUUGGGCGCCUACGCCAUGCCGCUGGGUGGGAUGACCCUGAUCUUCACAACCCUUAGCGUGGGCUGUGCCUUGGGGGUUGUCGCCUACACGCUCUACCUGCGACACUACUUCAUCCCGCGGGCGCGCCAGCAACACGCCGAGAAAGGCAUGCCCAUCGAACCAGAAGCAUGGCUCCACGCCGGCCUGGUCGGCGUCUGGGGCGUGCCAGCGGGCCUGCUGGUUUUCGCGUGGACGGCACGAGCAAACAUCCACUGGAUCGCCCCAACCGCCGGGAUCGCCAUCUGGGCGGCGUUCUCCUUCGUGGUCUUCCAGAGCAUCAUCUGCUGGCUGCCGCCGACAUACCCGCGGUAUGUCGCUUCGCUGUUCGCCGCCAAUGACCUCACCCGGUCGUUGCUGGCCGCGGGCUUUGUGCAGUGUACACGUCCCAUGUACGUCAAGCUUGGAAUCCACCGCGGUGUGACCGUUCUCGCGGGCCUGUCGUUCCUCGGCGUCCUCGGCCACUAUGGCCUCUUCAUGUUCGGAGCGAGGCUGCGCGCGAGAAGUAAAUUCACUGAUACGGCUCUGACAGGGCACUAG